CUGAAAAGCAUCACAGGAGCCUCUGGAUAAAGACCAGCCUCAGUAGCAAGGCUAGGAGACAGAGGAUUUCUGCUCAGUGAUAAAACAUGAAACAGAUGUGAGGAGGCAGUAUGGAGCUCAAGAGAGGAAAGACCUUCAUAAAAUCCAGUGUACAACAUGAGAAAGUGCCACCAGCGCACACAGUUCCUAUCAGCAAAGAUGAUACAGGGAAAGACAAAAAGGCAGCUCUGGAGGGAAAUCAAAGUGUAGCCGAAGUCCAGCUGGCAUGUUUGGCCACACACAAGAACUACAGAUUUUCUACCAGAGCAGCAAGGAACGGAGCUGGUGACACCAGCCUGGAAAAGUCAUCUGGGUCCUCCUACAAACUUGUAAGGAAGAGUAAAACCCAUGACUGCGUUGCUGAGGCAGACAAAACAGAGCAGUGCAGCCCCAGCAGCAGGGCCUGUGAGGAAGGUUUUUCUGGAAAGAGUAAAGGGCGACUGGUCAAUAGCAUCAGCUUUUCUGGGAUGUCUAGCUCCAGCAGUAAGAAAGAGUGUGUGGUCAGCCCCAGCCAGUCUGCAUGCAGCAGUCAGAUGAUUGAUUACAGGAACUUUGUGCCACAGAUGCCUUUUGUACCAGCUGUUGCAAAAACCAUUCCCAGAAAGAGGAUUUCCCUCAAAAGAUCAAAAAAAGGGCUCAGAGAUAUAUUUCAUAUUAAAAAAAAUAAACCAGAGAGCCUCACAUAUCUGGUUGAGAAGGACAAGAACCUGUCCUCUCCAGGCUGCAAGAGCGAGUUGUCUGGGCGUCUUGCAAAGUAUCUUUUCAAAACCGGAGACACAUUUGCAGCUGACUGCUUGUCACAAGACUGCUCAGACAGCGAACUGCAGUCUGACUCUUCCUAUGACUGCUGCAACACCCUGUGUGAAGAUGUCGCCUCGCUGAAGAGCUUUGACUCCCUCACUGGCUGUGGGGAAAUCUUUGCUGAUGAGAGCUCAGCUCACCUGGAGCUGGAGAACAGCAAAGAAGUUUCACUGAGACGAAGCAAGCACAAAGACAGCCCCAUCAUGGGCUCUUUCCAAGGAGGUGUGGAGCAGCUGGCUUCUCCUGGCCAGAAUGAGACCAUUGAAUUUGCAAAGUUUUGGGACAACAUCAACAAAUCAGUGAGGCUACAUCAGAGUGCUCUGUUUGAUAAGAAGGUACUGAAAAUACCUGGUCCUGACGUAGAAAAGGCUAGAAGCCAGGCUGCUGUAUCUGUGACAGAUCCCCAAACGUCACCUGAUAAAGAUGGUGACAAUUCCAAAGAGAGCUCAACAGAAACAGGAACACCAAAAAGUGACAACCAGGAAUCCACAUCCACAAGUGAUGAAGGCUACUAUGAUUCAUUCUCUCCUGGACAAGAUGAUGAAAUGAAGGAAGCUCAGACUCCUGGGGUCCCAGGUAGAUUUCCAAGAGACAGCUACAGUGGAGAUGCACUUUAUGAGCUCUUCUAUGACCCAAACGAAGUCCAAAUAAACCCAGUCAUAGAUGAUGACUUGUGCACAUCUGAAAGCAUUUCAGAACAAGCCAUUGAAAUACCUUUGUCUAUUUACAGCUUUCAUGUUGGAGCUGAGGAAAACAUGGCUUCCCAACCAGGUCUAGACAUUAUCAGCCAGGGUUUUUUCCACAGCACAUGGAAAGGCAAAGAAUGUUUGCUAAAGCUCUGUGAUACCGAGCUUUCACUGACCAUGGGGAUAAUAAACUGGCUGCGAAAACACUCAGGACUUGUUUCCUCCCCUGACUCUCUUCAGAGUCCUCAAUCCCAACCAGAAAAGUCUAAUGAUUCAUCGAUCCCACCCAGCCCCAGUCCAGAGCAGAAAGUGAGCACAGAAGCUCAGCAGGAGAAACCAAGUAAGGAAGAAUCUCAUACAUUUAACCCACAGGUGUCUUUGGAUGAAAGCAAACAUGAAACCCAGGCCUUUUCAGUAAACAUUACUGAAAGAGACCACAGCCUGGACUCUUGCCCUAACAAUUCUAAUUUGGAUUUCCAAGAAAUGGAAGGGAAUCACUACAACAAUUCAUCUACAGUGCCUGGGACUGCAGAAACCACCAGAGCAUCAAGUUAUGCACCACAAUCACAGGCUAACAGAGACAAUCUGCAGACAUCUUCAACUGAUAAUGAGAUGACAGUUUCAGAAGGAUGUGAGACAUCCAGAGAUAAAAACCCACUGCCAGAAAAGCUGAACAGAGAGAGUGGCUCCCAUAGCUCUGAAAACCCUUUGUUAGAUGAUAAUCACGAAGUAGAAUCUUGUUAUUCCUACAAGACUGCUGCGACCUCACUCCUGGAUUCCCUUGAGAAGGAAGGCAGAAAUAAACCAACGUAUCACUCUCUCUCUAUUUCCUGUGACAAAUCACUGCAGCCUCUUACUCUUGGACCCUUCCAGAGCUACAUUAGCCCCACACCAACGGAGAGCAGCACUAACAUAGUACAGCUCCUAGAGCGCUGUAUAACACAAGUGGCAUCAUUAAAAAUCAGCUAUGAAAACAAGCACCUGGAAGACAAAUGCAUUGGGAAUGAGAUGAACAGUAUCAUUUGUAAGAUGUCUCAGUACAAAAACAAAUUAUUGUUGCAGAAUGAAUGCAACUGCAUUGCCCAAAAUCCAGAAUACUCCAGUAUUCCUAGCACAAACCAAUACAACUAUGAGACAAGUUUCCAGUCCAGCAGUCUGUAUCAUUUAAAGCAAAGUGGGGAGCAAAUUUGCUCUGAAGAUCAGAAAAGUAGAGCAAAAAUCCUAGAUGACAUCACAAGAAGUAAGAUAAAUUUUGAAUAUGCCCAGCUAAGUAAUCAAGCACUCUCCUAUUUAAAAGACCUUGCAUUUGAUCUCAGUCCAAGUGACUCCAUCCCUGCUACAACUCUUAGUAGACCAACAUUUUUACCUCUCUUUAACUCUGUCCGCUCAGACAUACCUGCUACUUUUUCCCAAGCUUCAUACAGCACCACCAUCUCUCUAGGUGACCCGCCGCAGCCUAAGGAAGCCAAGCAGCGCAGCCCAGGGCCGUGGAGUUAUGCAGAGAGCCCCUGCGGGGGCCUGGCUGGAGGGACUGCUCCAUCCCCUCACCCGGAGGCAGCAAGCCCAGACACAGCAGUGACAGGGAAGAACCACCAGUAACACACCUCCAUUGAAAAGGUGCAACGCUGAAGAAUCCACUUGUAGAUAUGGAUGCUGCCCCCCCAUGUGUAAUAUAGCAUGACAUAGUACCAUGAUGUUAUACUGAUGACAGACUCAACAAGGAUUUCUCUCUAGAGAUCCCACUAGAGGUGUUGCAGCAGAAAACCAUGCUAGUCUGUCUAAUAUAUUUAGGUGUUCCUGACAACUACACCCCCCUGAAGCCGUGUUUGCAUAUGAGUGGUAACUAAUACUCUUUUUUAAAAAAAAACAACAAACCUUCAGUAGGAUUUUUGAAAAAAAGUCAUGCCAUGACAAGAAGGUUUAAGAAAAAAAGAUAGCAUAUUUGUCACAUUGUACCACACAACAACUGAAAAUACUGAAAAAAAUGAAAAUAUUUUUAAAACACAGGUAUGUGCAGAAUGGCAAUUCACUUGGGCAGUUGUUAUGAGGAGGUAAAAUUGCUUUCUGUUGUACUAAUUUUUCUUGAAUUUUACAUAAAUGCUGUAUAUAUUUUCUGGCAACUGUUUAACCAUCUUAAAGCAACAAGGUUCUAGACUGCAGAUUACAUUAGUAUGGCAAGAUUUACUUCCUGGGGAAAGUUAUUUUGUAAACAUACAAAUAAAAAUAUCAUGAAGCAUAAUGUAGUAAGCCCUAUAGCGUCCAAAGACAAGUAUUUAUCAUGUAGCAGAAAUGGUGAAUAGGAUAAAGAGGUAUACUUGAAAAUUGCCAUCAAAAAGAUAACUUCUUUGAUUCUGUUUUAAAGGAGAGAAAACAGACUGUUUAUAUCCGUGAUAACAGCUGUACUUGAUUUCACACAAAGUCUUCUUUUUCCAAUGUAAAACCCAGUCUCGAAGUACUAGGUAGGAUACUUGUUAACCCAGUUCUCAUUUUUUUGUGGCAACUUGGAGUCAGUUUAACAGAACAGUCAUUAUUUUCAUACCCCAGUUUGAAUCUGGUCUUGGCUGUCUUACACUCUAAGAAUAAAUUAAAAAAACCACAACUGUGCUUUGUAGAUGGAACCGGAUGAUCAAAUGGUCCCACCUGGCCAUGGUAUGUUUGAAGAGAGCUUAACAACCUCCUCAUCUAGUGUCCUGCUGCAGACAGUAUUUAGGGACAGUAUCUUUGUCCUGAGAGUUGCUGUCUUGGAAGUAAGUAGAAGAAGGACCUAUGAGGCUGGGGACUGAAGCAAGGGAAAAAUAAUUCCUUCCUGACUCAACAGUGACCUCACACCUUGGUGCAGAAGAACGUACUGAAGUGGGGAGGAAUUAAUCCCAUUUAGCUUUAUUUAUCAAGGUAACUGUCUGUACUUUGUCUAUAGUAAACAAAAGAAGACAAAUAACUACAAAGGUUGAUGAAAGACUCACUGGAAAUACUCCACACUCUAUUGACAAUAUAAGACUCCUAGACAAAUACCUUAGAUUACAUGCCUGAAUUCUGAUGUCUAAAGUUAAGAUGAUUUCUACCUGGAAUCAUUUAUAAUGGCAAGAAUAACCACAACAUUUCAAUGAUUUCUGCAUUUUGCAGAAACUAGAUUUUAAAAGCAUAAUGCAUCAAGAUUAUGAUGCUAUAAGAUGAAAUCACGUCCCCUAGAUAUGGUAUGCACUUUCAGUAUUACCCUACAAUUGCCAAGAAGAGAGAGGUUCUCUUCCAACACCCCAAGACUGCCAAUACAAGUCAGGUUUCAGAAUGCACUCAUUUUACCACAAGUAUCUCCUUAAAAUACAGAUUAUAGGUGCCCAAGGCCCUCUUCCAUGGCACAAAACUAUGUCUGAAGACUGCUGAAAAUUUGCCAUUUAACCUAUAAAAGCCUGAAAUGCCAAGCAGUUUAUCAUACAGGCAUUCUUUCCUGAAAUACUAAUUGACACAUUAGAUAUGGGCUAAUCAAACACUACUAGACAUAGGGCUUAAGAUUCCAGCAGUAGAGUCUGUACAAAAACUAGUUGUUACUCAUGCAAGUGAUCCCUUUCCUUUUGCAAUUGCUGCACCAGCUUCCUUCACUACCUUCACUCGCCAGCACACUCUUGUAACAGAGUGCACAGAGUCUCAAAGGAGCAGAGAGGUAGAAUUUCUCAACCCUGUAGCAUACUGCACACCUCUUCCCUGCAUUUCAGGUUGAGUAACAAACAUGGAAGAAAAGGAAGGCAACAGAAGGAGAAAAGUCACUUUGCUGCCACAUUGCAAAGGCGACAGUAUUUCAAAGGAGACUAUUAUUUCUCUUGCCUUACAGGCAGAGCAACAAAUUAUUUGUCUAAUGUUUUUUAUCUCCCAAAUUGGUGUCUUCUUUCUCCUGCUGCUCUUCUCCCUUUUAAGUUCUACUCAUCUGUCAGAACUACCCAGUCCCUGCUGCUGCUUACAUUAAAAGUAUUCGGUUCUCCUCUCUUGUGGUCGCUGCCCUUCCCACAGAGCGAAGCAAACAGCUUCCCUCUGUAGGACUUCUGCUCUCCUCACUGACUUUAAAGCUGGGUUCUGUGGCACUGUCAACGCCUGGAUCGUGGUUCCGUUGUCAUACAAGCCACAGGGAACGAGUGCAGAGAGGGAAGAUGGGCUUUUACUCCUCUUAUGUAGGCCCAGAGCUGACACACAUAGGCCGCAGUUUCACAUGCACGCGCUUCUGCUGGGGGCAAUGGGGAGGCCCAUAGAUCUAUAAGCCAUGUGCAGCCCUUGAGGUUAUGGACACAUCGAGUUUUAGCUGUAAGUGUACUGUACUCUGAGAUUCAAAGGUCCUCGGUUCAACCCAUGCUGCCAAAAGAACAACUGUGGAUCUGCAUUACACACCACGGAAAAAAUGCCUGUGGAUGGUCUAUUCUGGUUCUCCCCAUGGAGUUGCAUGACUGCUAGUGCAAUGUUGGGGGAAGCUCAAAAAUCUUCAGGGCUUAAUCAUUCUGCAUUUAAAGAACUAACAGAGAAUACCUUCUCGAGAUCAUAUUGAAUAAGGUGUUUACUAGGACUGGCUGUAAACUAGUUUGGAGAAAGAUCUUUAGAUUAAACUGGUUAUAUUUCAUGAGCAAUGUCUCCUUAGGAAGUGAAGACAUGCUGGUGAAAUGAACACAUACAUGUGAAUAUCCAAUUUCAUACCAUCGUGUAGCUGUGAGAAAAAACCCUUCAGCCUGCUUUCAGCCUAACAUACUGUCAUUCCUCUUUAGUGUUAGAUGCCCUUUUAAAUGGAUAAUACAGAAAAUUAAGAUGAAUUACGAAAAACUUUGCACAGACUUUCGUGGCUACAACAUUUCAGAACAGUUUCUAUGAAACUGCUCAUCUAUUUCCUGUUCUGUUUUUACAAGAAUGGAAGCAGUGACCAGUUGUGUCAGAAUAGAUCAGAAGAAGAUCAGAGAAUAAGAUCAGAAUAAUAAUUAAAAGAACAACAAUACCUUUGUGCUAAAGACAACCUCCAAAGACUUUUUUCCCCAUUUUGAAAAAAUUAUUUUUAAAAAGCUAUAUUCUGCUAAAGACAUCAAUCCUUGCCAUUCCUUCUUUUAAUGAACAGUUCACUGUAGUUUCAGAGGUGUUUUGGGAAUUCCCAGCACAUAGAUGUAAACUUCAGAUAUGAAGUAUCAUGUACCUGAGUACCCUUAAUAAAACCCCACUUACUGCUGUGAAUGGAGAAAGCACUCACCACUUUACAGAACUGGAGUGUAAAUAACCUCAUACUAGUAAAAAUGUCUGGAAAAAACGUAGGAAGAAAUAUAAGACCCACGUGAACUGUCAGGUAAGUGUUCCUUCCAAAAGCAAAGUGUUAAAAUGGCAUUCAGGUAUUCCAGACAAAUGUAACUGAUGUGAACUUAGCAACAAGUCCUACAGUAAUAUUUUGCUUCACUUACAAUAUUUCAUUGUUCUAAAUAAAUUAGAGCAUUUGGUGGCAAGAUACUGUAAAUGUUUUGCAGCAGAUGUAAAGUUGCAAGUAAGCUGAGGGAUAUUUAAGAGAGAACCAUGUGAUAUAUUCUGGCUUCUACUUAAUGCAAAGGAUAUAGACCAGUGGUACCCUUGGAUGGACAAUGUAUGUGCAUGGUACAUAUGCAUAGAGAUGCAUAACGAGCGUGUAUAUGCACCUAAAAAGAGUGUUUGUGCAAACUUGUUAGGUUCAAGAAUAGGGAAGAAAUCUGAAGCAGGUACUGUUUACAAAUCUGAGUAGCAGAUUAAUAAAAUUUUCAGUACAUAUAUGAUUUAUUAUGUAACUAAGAUACAUGCAUUUAUAUGCUGUUUAACAUAUUUUGUUAACUAUUUUUCAUAUAUGUCAUAUCUGAUGUACAUAUGCUUUAUGUAUUAUAUUUUAGUUACCAUAUUCUACAUUACAUAUUAAAGUCACUUGAAUUCU